GGCUUUGGCUCUGGCGUCAUCUUACCAGGAAGAGUCGCCGCAGUUCGAGGAAAGCGGAGAAGCGAGGGAAGUCGGUGGUUGUAAAUAAGUCUAAAAAACAUCGCUGUCCCAUGCUGGAUGAAGAAACAAGCCUCUAAGGUGUAGACCUAACAAUCAGUGUCUAUUUGUCAGGGGAUCAUGCCUGAUGAGAUGGCGAGGCCUUUAAUCCGAGAAAGAGGUGAAGGAAGAGGAUCCAGACGUCUGGAAGCCUCCAUGUCUGACCCCGGCGCUCCCGUUGUCGGCAUUCUGGGUACGGGCGACUUCUCCCGCUCACUGGCACGAAGGCUGGUGGCCUCCGGCUACCAAGUGGUGGUGGGGAGUCGAACCCCCAAACGCUCCGCGGCUCUGUUCCCUGAAGAGGCCGAGGUGACGUCCCAGAUGGAGGCAGCGAGCCAGGCAGACCUGGUCUUUGUCGCCGUGUUCCCCGAGCACCACUCCACGCUGGUGGAGCUGAAGCCGGCACUAGCUGGAAAGACGCUGGUGGAUGUCAGCAAUGGUUUGAAAAUCAGCCUAGAGGGGCCUUCGAAUGCCGAACAGCUGGCGGACCUGUUUCCGGAGAGUUCUGUAGUCAAAGGGUUUAACACCAUAUCGGCCUGGGCGCUCCAGAUGGGACCUCGGGAUGGAAGCAGGCAGGUUUUCCUGUGCAGUGACAGUAGCACGGCCAAGAGCUCGGUGAUACAGCUCUGUCGUCGGAUGGGCUUCGUCCCGGUCGAUAUGGGCCUCCUCUCCUCUUCUCUGGAGGUCGAAAACCUCCCCCUGUAUCUGUUUCCCUCCUGGCGCAUCCCACUCCUCUGCACCCUGUCCCUGUUCGUCUUCUUCUACCUGUACAACUUCGUCCGUGACGUCCUGCUGCCCUGGAUCACGGCGAGGAAGAGUGUUUUCUACAAAAUGCCCAUAGAGACAGUCAAUGUCACUCUCCCCUCUGUGGCCUUGGUGAUGCUCUCGUUGGUCUACCUGCCCGGUUUGUGUGCCGCUUUCCUCCAGCUGUGGUGGGGCACCAAGUACAAUCGCUUCCCUAAUUGGCUGGACCGCUGGCUGACCAGGAGGAAGCAGUUCGGGCUGUGUAGCUUCCUGUGUGCAGUUCUGCAUGCCAUUUACAGUCUGUGUCUCCCCCUGAGGAAGUCUGCCCGCUACAAACUGCUCAACAUGGCUGCCAAACAGGUGAAGGAGGGGGUGGACGACUCGUGGGUUGACGAGGAGGUGUGGAGGAUGGAGCUGUACCUCUCGGCGGGCAUCGUGGCCCUCGGGUUGCUCUCUCUGCUGGCUGUCACCUCGCUCCCCUCAGUGUCCAACACUGUCAACUGGAGGGAGUUCAGCUUCAUACAGUCCACACUAGGUUACUGUGCCUUGUCCAUGGCCACCCUCCACACGCUCCUCUACGGCUGGGGCCGCGCCUUUGAUCCGACCCAGUACCGCUUCUUCCUGCCUCCCACCUUCGUACUGGUCCUGAUCCUCCCCCUCACGGCUCUGCUGGGCCGCCUGGCCCUCUGCGUGCCGUGCGUGGCCGGGCGCCUCAGACAGAUCCGCCGCGGCUGGGAGAAGAGCCGACACAUCCGCUUCACCCUGCCGGACGACGGCUGCCGCAACGGGCUGGAGGAUGUCAGCCAUGUGUGAGAAACGCACUGCUGGGUGUGCGUGUGUGAAGAUCCAGACUGAAGCUCUUUUAUGUGUGCGCUCAUGAAUAUAAACUCCAGUCAACCACACUCGCACAGAAGAUAAAUGAUUUAUACCCUCCUGGAAUGUAUUGAUGGCUAAUCUCUAAAGCCCGUUGAGAGAUUUCAGAGAUCUGUGAGUUUCUUUUCAACAAAUUAGCUGGUAGUUCCUUAUAGAUAUUCGACCAGUAGAGCUGUGGUCACCAACCUUAUUGCACUAUGCAUGCACAAAAAUGAGUAUUUAGUUACUUUUUACUUUAAAUUAUUGUUCUGUGUUGUUACUCUACUUGAAGCUUCAACCCAGAACUGAUUAAUAUUAGCUUCUGGUUUAAUUUAUGCAAAACUGUUACACUUCCAAUGAACCUGCUCAGGACUUACUGAAGCAGUACAACAUGGAUUUUGUAUAGCUGCAAUAAGAUGCUUCACUCUGAUCAUCUGAAGUAGACUCAACUGUCCUCUUGGCUUUUGCAUUCCUUUUUAUUUUUUUAUUUUUCCUUCUGCCUUUAAGACUGCUGCACAGAUUUGUGUCAGCCAGCCUUCAACAUGGCCUCAUCCUGUUUUGUCCGUAUGCUAAAUAUUAAAACUAACAUGUCUUCAUGUUAUUAUUAAUAUUUGUUAAUGAGGAUUUUCAUUAAUGUAACAUCAGGGUUGCAUUUUGUUUUCACGUUUUAUUUUGCAGUACUUUGACACUUUGAUGUGCUGUCAUAUUAAAGGUUCAGUGUGUAACAUGUACGAGGAUCUAUUGGCAGAAAUGGAAUUUAAUAUUCAGAACUAUGUUUUCAUUAGUGUAUAAUCACCUUAAUAUAAGAGUUAUAUUUUUGUUACCUUAGAAUGAGCCGUUUAUAUCUGCCUUCCAUAGAGUCCGCCAUGUUUCUACAGUAACCCAGAAGGGACAAACCAAACACUAGAUUGUUUGUGUUUUGAGAUCACUGUAGUUUCUCCUUCGUGCCUGGGAGAGUGAAGCAAGUGAGUUGUGAUCUGCAGCUACACCGCUAGAUGUCACCAAAUCUUACACACUGGACCUUUUAAUGUCAAACUGUUAGGGACUGUAUGAAAAUUAUUAUUGUGGGAGGCGGAUGAAAAUUAUUCUCGAUUUAAAAAAACAAAACAAAACAAAAACAAAACAAAACAAAAACAAAACAAAAAACCAAGAGCUGCUAAACGCUAAACUACCAGUAAGCGCCUGUUUUAAUCAUAAGGGGAGUGUUAACAGUAUAAAUUAGUUAGCUCUAAUCUAUAAAGAGCCCUCUGUUAUGAUGCAGAAUAAAAAAAGCAGCUAUAUAAACUCUCUUUGGCAGAGACCUGAUUGUCUGUCCCUCAAAUGUCUGAUAAACAGACAAUAUCCUCCCCAUUGCUGUCCACCCCUCUCCCCUAAGCAUUUUUCUACAGUCCCUUAAACUCUCAUUUGCCAACUGGAAACUGCUGCUUCAGUGGCUGCAUUGUCUAGUACAGACAAGUAGUUACUGAAUUUAAGAAAGCUACCAUUCAUGUGUUGUUUUUUUUACAUGGAUACUAUACAUUGUUCAGUUUUAUUGUUGUACUCAACUAACCUGCUGGUAACUACCCAUCAGUACUCAUUUGACUUAAAAAAAAUGGCUGUUACUCUUUUUUUAAAAUUGUUUUCAUUUAUGAUCAAGAACAACACAGUUUGCUGCUGACUUGUGAUUUCAGCAAUUUUUGUUUUAUUAUUACAUAAGUUUGUAUUUUCUCAGUUUUAUGUGUUCUUGCCAAAGAUGACUCUGUUACGUGAUAGAUUGUUUUCUGAAUCUAAAUUAAGAUCAUAGUAGUGUACUACCACAAAAUCACGAAUGUAAAGAGAUCAAAUUGUUAAAAAAUAGAAUAAAGCUUUUUUGUUUUUCACUAUUGUAUUUAUGUCUUAAAUAAUGUGAAAUAGAUUAGUUUGUAGAUAUGAGCCUCAUUGUCCAAAUGUAUUUAUCAGCUUUAAUUGAAUCAAGGGCUGAAAUAAAACUUAACUAACUUCUUUAAUUAAA